CACUCCAUCACCACACCAAUUAACAACUUUCAUUUAUUCUUCUUCCUUUCACCUUAAAAUUACUUAUUAUUAUUAUCAUUAUAAAAAUUCCAAUUUUUCAAACCCCAUUUUCCUCACUCUUUUUUUGUGUGUGUAACUAGCUAACACACAAAACACACACACUCUCUCUCUUCCCAAAUCCAGUGUUUAUUGAAGUCGGUUUGUCUCAGUUUCAAGGAUGAAGGUCACUUUGGUUUCUCGGAGCGGAAGAGAGAUUGUGAAAGGUGGCAUUGAGCUCAAUGAUUCUGCUACUGUAGCAGAUCUUCAACGUGAAAUUCACAAACGAACUAAGAAGUAUCCUGAAAGGCAGCGCUUGACACUUCCGGUCCCAGCAGGAUCAAGGGAAAGGCCCAUUGUCCUUAAUUCCAAGAAGAAUCUAAAAGAAUAUACUGAUGGAAAUUCAGGAGUCUUAACUGUAGUAUUCAAGGACUUAGGCCCUCAAGUUUCUUACCGCACACUCUUUUUCUUUGAGUACCUGGGACCUUUGCUUCUCUAUCCAGUCUUCUAUUAUUUCCCUGUCUACCAAUUUUUCGGGUACAAAGGUGAACGUGUCAUCCACCCUGUGCAGACAUAUGCCUUGUACUAUUGGUGUUUCCACUAUGCCAAACGUAUUUUUGAGACAUUUUUCGUCCAUCGCUUCAGCCAUGCUACUUCUCCUCUUUCCAAUGUGUUCCGCAACUGCGCAUAUUACUGGACAUUUGGGUCUUACAUUGCUUACUAUGUGAACCAUCCAAAUUAUACCCCAGUAAGCGACCUCCAAAUGAAGAUUGGGUUUGGGUUUGGCAUAGUGAUGCAAAUUUCAAAUUUCUAUUGCCACAUUAUACUUAGGAGUCUUCGCAAACCUGAGGGGGACGGUGGAUACCAAAUCCCUCGCGGAUUUCUCUUCAAUAUUGUUACCUGUGCAAAUUAUACCACAGAAAUCUAUCAGUGGUUGGGUUUCAACAUUGCAACACAAACUGUUGCAGGUUAUAUUUUUCUUCUUGUUGCUACUUUGAUCAUGUCCAACUGGGCUUUUGCAAAGCACAGGCGUUUGAGGAAGUUAUUCGAUGGAAAGGAAGGCCGACCCAAGUAUCCUCGUCGAUGGAUAAUAUUGCCGCCAUUCCUGUAGACAAGUUACCACUUGCUGGUAGGAUUCAGAGACUUAAAAUUGUAGUAUGAUGAAGUUUUUAGUGAAUCCUUGAGAAAUUGUCUUUCAAUUCUUAGAAUGUUUUAGACUAUAAAUUUUAUUCCCAAAAAACAUUGAUGUUAGUAUGUUGCAGAAAAAUCUGCAAUAUCAUUUUAAGAUUAUACUACUGGGAAUAACCGUUCCUUUAGAAUAUGCAUCUUGUGUUGAUCAAUUUGAUGUUUGUGUUUUGUUU